AUCGAAUUUAAAAGGCAGAAGAUAAAAAAACCCAGUGAGUCAACUCGUCCCGCACUCGCCGGGAAGAUGAAGACCGGAGCAAAGCUCAUAGUUCUCCACCCAUCCCUCCACAAGCAGGGCCUCCCCGCCGUCCCCUCCUCCUCUCAUCGCAUUCUGGCCCUCGUUUUCGCCGCAUUCUUCGGUUUCGGCUUCGCCCUCUCUCUGUUUUCCGGUAAACACGCCGUUCCCGGAGCUUUGACCCUCGCGGCGGCGGAGGCAGCGAGGCCGCAGUUGCCCCAGCCCGCGAUCGACGCGCUUCUGUACUACGCAACCCUGAACACCACGUCGGUGGGUUCCCGGAUGUCGUCACCGGAGGUGAGCGCCGUCGUGGCCUCCCUCCGGCGGUGCGGGUACGCCUGCAAUUUCCUCGUUUUCGGGUUGACCCACGAGACCCUGCUGUGGAACUCCCUGAACCACAACGGCCGGACGGUGAUCGUCGACGAGAGCGCGUACGCGGUGUCGAAAUUGGAGGAGAAAAACCCGGGGAUCGAGGCGUACGACGUCCAAUUCACGACAAGGGUGAGCGAAUUCCGGAACCUGUUGAAGCACGCCGAUGAGGAGGCGAAGCGAGACUGCCGGCCGGUGCAGAAUCUGCUCUUCUCCGACUGCAAAUUGGCCAUCAACGAUCUCCCCAACCACCUGUACGACGUCGCUUGGGACGUCAUACUGGUGGACGGGCCGCGCGGGUACUCGCAGUCGGCGCCGGGGAGAAUGUCGGCGAUAUUCACCGCCGGCGUGCUGGCGAGGAGCAAGAGGGGCGGCGCCGCCCAGACACAGGUGUUCGUGCACGAGAUUGACCGAGAGGUGGAGAGAGUGAGCAGCGAGCGGUUCCUGUGCAGGGGCAAUCUCGUAAAUUCGGUUGGAAAGUUGGGGCAUUAUGCGGUGGGAAAACUCGAAGCCAAGGAAAACAGAUUCUGUUCAUAGGGGUCGUCUUCUUCCUCCUUUUUCUUCUUCUUCUUCUUCAAGACCAUAUCAAUGGCGGAUGACUGAAGAACUGCGCCUCCGCGCAUCAUGUCUAGAAUCGCAAUCAGAAACUAAAGACAUAUCUUCAAAUAAGAUUGUUGAAAAAGAGAUGUGUCGGUGUCGAGAAGGAGAGGAAAAGAGUCGUUGCAAACAACUCAUGUUGCUGACGUCAAAGGUGUGGAAGAAGGUUGACGCGCGCUGGAGAUGAGAUGCCCUGGGGGGAUAGGGGU